AUGAAAUUGCAAAAUUUGUAUAAAAAAGCUGCUUAUCAUAUCGGCAUGCAUAAAGUAGUAAAUGUAAAAAAAUUAAACCAAAUUAAAUUUUAAUUAAUUAAAUUUUCCUUUAUUGUUCACCUCCAGAUUUUCAGAGAACAUGGAAUCUUCUGCAGAAGUAAGCCCUGUUGGAAGAGAUCAUAGUUCUAAAGAGAAGUUUGCUUCUUGGAAACCUUAAUAAGGCAUGUGUUCAACCAGAAGUCAACAGUUAAUAAGGAACUCUAUAAGUUGAUUGUAAUACUGGAGCAUUAUUUUUUAUAAAUUAAUAAGGUUAGGAAAUAUUAAGAGAACAUUUUUGCUCAUGUUUGAUAAUGCUCUAUUAUACACAUAGAAAUUGAUAAAAAUGAAUUGUUGGAUAAAAUAAAUCGAUUAAUUUUAUCACCUUUUUCGCUUGAAUAGAAUCUGAGAGAACUUUUCUUGUAUAUAAUAAAAUAUAAGGUUUCCAAGAAGACGAAU